CCCCGCCUCUCAACAACAACACCGGAGCGACUUCAGCCUGCCACCCUCUACCCCGAAGACCCGUCCACGUUCUGCCUCCCCUCCCCCCCCCCCCCCCCCCCCACCCCUUUCCCAAGACCGAACGCCAUUGCCCACACUCAACGCGAAAUUUUCCAAGGAAUGCCAAAAAUGGUCUAUUUAACUCGGCCGGUGAUAAAGUAGUUCCAAAUCUGAAGUCCAACAGGCGUCGCCGAGGAAGUUUUUCACCCACCACCCCCCCCCCCCCCCCCACCCCCCCACCCGUUUUUUUGCCCCGCGGUGGAGCCAGGAAAGAUCAGGACUGCGGGGAAAGGAGCGCGUAUGAUGUGGAUCUGGUACAUUCUGCUCGGCUCAGGCACAGUUGAGAGCCAGCUGCUUCCAGGGAAUAACUUCACCACAGAGUGCAACAUCCCUGGAAAUUUCAUGUGUGGAGAUGGGAAGUGUGUCCCAGGAGGAUGGCAAUGUGAUGGAUUGCCCGAUUGCUUUGACAAGAGUGACGAGAAAGGCUGCCCUAAAGUCAGGUCAAAGUGUGCACCUACAUUCUUUGCCUGUGCCAAUGGGAUCCACUGCAUCAUUGGACGCUUCCAGUGUAAUGGAUAUAGUGACUGUCCUGACGGGAGCGAUGAGGAAAAUUGCACAGGUAACCCCUUGGUGUGCUCUGAGGCCCGCUUCAAGUGUCGAAACGGCCGCUGUGUAGACCGCAGCUUUUUGUGUAAUGGUCAGGACAACUGUCAGGAUAACAGCGACGAGGAGCUCUGCCUGAGUACAGCAGAAGCUCCUGGGCAGGACUUUGUGACAUUGGACUACCGUCUGCGCUACUACCCCAGCAUCACCUACGCCGUCAUCGGGAGCGCCGUCAUCUUCGUGUUGGUCGUAGCAUUGCUGGCCCUGGUGCUUCAUCACCAGAGGAAGAGGAGUGUUCUGCUUCCUGCUGGUGUAAGAGGAGCCUCUCACCACCACCACCAACCGUUGCUGCUGUCACGCUUGGUCAUCUUGGAUCGCGGCCACAUGCAUCCCAGUGAUCCGGGUCUCUCUCCUGGCUCCCCUUCUCCAGCCGAGCAGUAUAGCUCAUCUCCUCAGAUGCUGCAAAUCCUGUCUGAUACCCUUUGUCCUACUGCACAGACGCCUCCAUCGUACUCUCAGGCUGUAAUGGAUGUCAGUCGGCCUCCCUGGUUUGAUCUGCCGCCUCCUCCGUACCUCCCAGAUGGGCAAGAAGCUUCCGAGGGCGACUUGCCCCAUUAUGAGAGCCCUUCCACGUCACCCACCAUCAGAACUAUGUCUUCAAACAGUCAGUCCAACUCAAAUUCUAGACAGAUGUCGGAUCAGCUUUAACUACUCUCGAACUGACUGCACAAAGCAGCACAUUCCACAGCACAGACCUGUCGAGAGCAGAAGACUGAGCAACUCCACUAAGCGUUCACGUCAUCCUGAAAAUUCGUUUUGUAUCUUGGCUCCCCCUGGUGGACUUUUUUUUCUUCUUCUGCAGAGUGACAUAUCCUUCAUUUCAGAAUGAGUCAUUUGUUCCUUUCAGUUGAAGUGUUUCUACAUUAAGAGGUACUACCUAUUUUCAUAAUCAGCGACCGCAGCCUUCGAGGAGUAUCUCAAGUGAAUUAGUAAGUGUGCCAAUAAGAUAAUAUUUUCACUGUGUGUAACAGUAAAUCAAGUAAGUCCCGCUUUAUGGGCUGCAUCCAGCCUAUGCCUAUACGACGCCACACUUUUCUAGGGAACCUGUACAUCCCAAAAGCCGCAUCAAACCUUGUUAAAUUUCAUCUAGCCUUAACGAUAUUUCCUGGUUGUGUUAGCACGUGUUGUUACAUCACAAUGCGAGGCUAAUGGAAAGCUUUUUCAGCAUUUCGAUAUCCUUGAUGAGAGCUUAAUGACCAUGCACUUGUACUGUAUGCUCUUCGUCGUCAUGAGUAAGAUAAUUCAGUGCACUUGUAUAAAAAUCAAUAAAUGGUCAAACAGCUUUAUGGAAAGCCGUUCAAAAAAUGUUUUAUAUCCUUUAUGUUCAGCUUUAGGUCCAUGGACUCGUAUCUUCUUUGUCCUUACUAGUAGGACAACUGUCAAACUGGACUACAUGGACCCCCUCGAAAAUGAGAUGAUGCAUCUUAAGGCACUAUCCUUCAAAUAAAUGAACAAGAAUAUAAAGCAUGAUACUAGUGAGGCAAAACUGCACUAGUUUAAAACGGUGUGCUACUAGUUCUAAUAGUGACAUAAAAUACUAUUAGUUAACAUAUAGGGCUUCACUAGUAGUACUAGUAGUGCACUGAUGUCAACUAGUUCACAGUUAUGCCUCACAAGUAACAUGUAGUCCUACUAGUGAGUGCAAAAGGUAAUUCAAUAUCUUACUAGUGCGCUGAAUAGUCUUACUAGUGAUGACAAAGUGUGUAGUUGUAUAUGGACCUUAAGCUGCAUAUCGAAUAAAUACUUCAAAUGGUUUUCCAGAGAAGAGGCGCAUUUCAACCACAGGAAAUUUCCCCAGGAACUAGAAACCUUUUGAGGACCAUUGUGUGUUUGGACAACCCUCGUCAAAGAUGCUCUUUCCUUCUGAUAUGUGACAGCAUGGAGAAUUUUUAUUUUUUAUUUUUAAGACUGAGCAGUGGUUCAGUAAGAAUUUUAGGAUAUGGGUAGCUGUGAAGGAUAGGAGUCAUGUGUCUUCCAAAAAUGGGAAAAGACGGCUGUGUUUAAAUUAGGACCGUCUUCGCAUGGCAUUAUGACACAGUCAGCCUUCGAAUGCAGCCCCUUUAAUCGGUACAGACUGUAGAUAGUGUCAGCAAGACGUGGUUAUAGUGUUGUUAUUCUCCUCAAUGGAAACACACUUUGGUAGCACUUCAGUCAAAGUCACCUUUGCAUUAUUUUUCUAAAUAGGAGUUUUUUUCUGUUUUAAAAAUCAAGCGCCUCCAAGAGAAGUAUAAAACAUUCGGAUAUAUUUAACACAUGACAUUCAGUGAUUUUUUCACAUAUGUGUGUUGUUGCCUUAUUUGGAUAAGUUAAUACAUGAAACAGUAAAUCAAUUCAAAAUUAAGCUUUGGAAAAGUGCUUGUAUAAAAUGUGCUUCUAAAAGCAGCUAAUUCAUAGGUACCCAUAUUUGUGGUUUUAGUGUUUUUAGUGCAAAAGGACGUAUUACAUGCUAAGUGGCGGUUAAUUUCAGGGUACUUCAAAUGACUAUCAUAGAUAUUGCAACUGCAUUGUUUGGAGGAAGUUUCUUUCAAAGCAAUAUUUGAUUUUUGAGUUUCUUGUCUCACAAUAUUUGCUAAUAGUGUGGUUGUUUUACACUAUGUAUCACAAAUAAUACAUGAAGUGGACCAAUUACAUUUCAUGAAAUAGAAAAUGUACUCUAUAACGCAGACCCGGGUUCAAAUCCGGCCCCGCCUGUGUGGAGUUUGCAUGUUCUCCCCGUGCCUGCGUGGGUUUUCUCCGGGCACUCCAGUUUCCUCCCACAUCCCCAAAAAAACAUGCAUGGUAGGUUAAUCGAAGACUCUAAAUUGCCCAUAGAUGUGAAUUUGACUGUGAAUGAUUGUCGGUUUCUAUGUGCCCUGUGAUUGGCUGGCGACCGGUUCAGGGUUUACCCCGCCUCUCGCCCAGAGUCAGCUGGGAUUGGCUCCAGCACGCCCGCGACCCCAGUGAGAAGAAGUGUUAUGGAAAAUAAAUGAAUGAAUGUACUGUAUAACGCUCCCUGCGGUUAACUAGAUCAUUCCUCAACAACAACAACAACAGGAAAAACUUCUCAUUAUUUUCAGUCUGAAGACCACUCAUGUGAGAGACAAAUAGCAAUUAGUGUAUGUACAUCAGACAUUAUGUGAUGCCUUGUGGUACCGGAUAUGCUACCCAGUUGGGCCUACACAUUUCUUCAAGUUUGUCGAGUUGUAUUUUAUAACAACAAAAUGUAGCAGUUUUACUACAUCUUAAAUCAUUUUGGUGGCACCGCUGUUUGUAAAAAGGACAAUGUUGUCUCUGUACCCUAUCAUCAAGCUAUUUCCCGAUUAAAUGAACAGUGUUUAUUUCAGUAUUUAAUGUAAUGCCUUUAUUUCAAUACCCAAAAAUUUGAAAUUAAUUAUACUUUCAAUCUUCCAGAAGUCAAUAAUAGGCAAUAUUGUCUGAAAAUCCAAAUGCUCUGGAACAUCCAUGUCCAAUAUGAAAAAUGUUUCAUCUGGGUCAGUUUUGCUGACUGCUAAUGUAAUUUACAUUUCGCAACUGAAGGGGCAGCUCUGGUACAAAAUAACAACAAGUACAGUUUUUCUUUCUUUUGGUGUAAAUAUGUGUAUCUUUAAUAGGGUAAAUUUGUCAGUAGUGCUACUGUGGUUCAGUGACAUGAAUAAUGAAGGAUCUGUUUUCAUGUGUUUGUCGCGUGUCCUUCUGUUUGCUUCAAUCCUGUCAAUAAAAAAAAAUGGUUUUGUUUGUAAUACAAGACACGUUUGUAUAACAAAACAGAACUCAAC